AUGGCUAAACUGACUCAUUUCUGCGCCGAAAACAGGGACGUCGCUUGUUAUUUGGUGACGAAGCACUCAUGGAAGGGGAAGUAAGCUUUUUGCUUCUCAGAAUUUUUUAUUAGCUAGAAUUGCAGGUACAAGCGUAUAUUCUCUAUCGGAACGUUGGCUAUUUCAACUUACAAUCCACAAACGCUUGAAAUAACUAAUCAGGUUUUGAUUAUUUUCCGUGAAUUUCAAUACUGGUAAAGUUUUAGUGGCUCUAUGAAGACUUUCUGGGCGUCAAACCGUCUCCGAAAAACGCAGCCGGCGAUUCGAAGCAAGAUGAAUUCGCCAUCCUUGUCCGAUCCAAAGGAAAGAAAGUUUGUUAUGAACUUUUGGCAUAUAAUUUACGUCUAUCAACUAGGAUACCAUGAGGUUUUCGUCAGACCAUACAACGGACGUUCUGACCGACUGUCUGCGUUUCAAUAGCAAAUUUGCGGAAAAAGUUGAUCCCUUGGUUGGUUUUAUUUCUGAACAUUGAUUGGAGAAGUUUUCAAGCAAAAGCCUUAUUUGAUUCUUCUCAGAGUGUGAACGCGUUCAAGCAGAGUUGGAGUGAUCGACGGGUUCCUGUGAUUUUACGGGCAAAUGCUGCAUUUCUAGAACAAGUACUAUUUUCUUCUGUUCGUAUAGAUUUUUAUACGUUUGUAGAUUGAUAAUCGUGGUGUAGUUGUGCAAAGCUAUGCUUACAAAAGCAUCAGAAGCAUUGGAAAAGUCUCAGAUUGUCCAGGAGGGUUCGUAGUCGACGUCGGCGAACACCGUCGAAGGGUUCGGGUCCACUAAAUUUGAUUUUACUAGUCGUUUCUCUGUAGCAUAUGUUCGCCUCUGCGAACGGCGAAGAUUUGAUCAAGGAAAUUCGACGUUUGGCCGCGGAUAACAUAGGGAUCGUGGUGCCGGUGGCUAAAGAAAGUCUUACUCUCGACGAUUUCAUUCGAACUCGUCUGGGCCUCUGCAGGUGCUGAAUUGUACUCUGAAGUCCAAUUCAACUGUAUUUUGCAGCCGAGACGAAGAAGUGACGUCAUACGCCGAGUUCAAGGUUUCGAAAGUGACGCGGAGGGGUGAGACGCCGACGCGCAGAAUCCUGUGUCUCAGCGAGACGUGCAUCAUCGAACGCGAUAUCGCGACUUACUCCGUCAUCUGCGCCACUCCUCUAAAACAUGUACUAAAGAUCUCUAUCUUGUAUCCAAACAUAAUUUUGAGAUCGUUUGUCUCGUUAGAGGGGAGAAAGACCCACAGGAAUUCCUCAUCGAGUAUGAAAACGGCGAAGGACGGGCCUACGUGGCUGCCGAACGGUACGGCUUUUUUCUGGGGGGUUUUUUUUUUAGAGAAACACCAAAAAAUUUUUGAAUCCCUUGAGGUAAAAAGAGUGCGCCUCUACCCGUAAACUCAUAGGCAAAGUCGGAAAGGGUGGAAAAAGACUCCAUAGAAAUUUUCCUGAAAAUGGCACUUUUUGCAGUCUUUUGGCGCCAUUUCAUCGGCUCUUAUGCACUAUUUUUGCUAUCUCUCUCCUUUUUCCACCAUUUCUUGAGCCUUUAAAGAAAGAAUAGAAGGCUCGAUAAAGGGACCCUUUUUAUUGCCUUUUUUGAGCCUCUCCCUUUUAGCGGCCAUUAUCCACCAUUCUGACAGUGCCCGAUGAUUUACAUUCUAGCUUCUUUUUUUUUUGCCAUAACUCAUCAAUAUUUUGUCUCAUUUUUCUCCAAGUUCCUGCAUUUUUAUAAGUUUUGAGAUUCAUAAAACGCUUCGAUUUACAAAAAAAGAAGCUAGGCUCAAGCAUUUCCCGACUGAAAUAUCUUCUUCGCUCAGUUUCUACUGUUCUUCAUGAAUUACGUGUUAAGAGACCUGAUUUUGGCCUCCUUGCUCGAUGGCAUCCGAGCGUCUGGCAACGACGAGGUUUUCGUCACGGGAUUCCGAUUCGAACGUCAUCUGCGCGUGAUUCCGCUCACGACGACUCUCGACGAGGAUUCUGAGUCGCAGUGUAUGCGCCAUAUGAUCGCCGCUCCACGUAGGUUGUUUUUCUGAGGGGCAGAAUGUUUUCUUCUGCGUAGUUUUCCCUUCUCGAAGAUUUUGGAAAAGAGAAACUUUGAAAAUCUCUGGGUUUUCAGCUGGAAUGCGACGUUCCGACACGAUUCGUCGUUUCAAUGCCAACAUUCCUUACUCCGGAUUGCGGUUUUCUAAAUCUCAUGAGGUUAUUUUGAAGGGUUUCACGUUUUUCACAGUGUAACUUCUUAGCUGUUUUAAGAAAUUUGUCGUUAAUUAGAACAUUUAAAGCCGAAAAAAUUUAGUUCAUUAUUUUUUAAAAGUACACGUGAGGAAAAAAAAAAUUUAUCCCGUAAAACUAAAUGCCGUGUUCAAAAUUAUCUCUGAUUCUCCAGAAUUUAGUCAUAUUUUUCUUCUCUGACGCCUAUUUUGGAUUUCGUGGAAUCGCUUUGAAAACUGCAUCAGUAAUAUGAGAAUGGCAAAUAAUUUUCCAAUUUUUUUUUAUCUCAUAAAUUUUCUUUGUGUUGACAAAGUACUUCAACGAUACGAGAACACUUUUUGAGCAAAUAGGGAAAUAAUUCAGAAGUAGAGAGGAUUAUUUAUAUCUCUAUAUCUUUGUUGGGAGCUGAUUAGUUGAAUUAUAAUUGUAUUUUUUCAAGGGUUUCUUCACGGAGAACAAGGGCAAAGUGAUAGUCGGAGCGAUUGAAGCGGUUCUUUCUGAAAACUACGGACAAGUUUGUUUUCUCUUCUUCGAAAAGUUGUUCAAAAAAAUCUUUCAUAGGAAGAUCAACACUACAAGCACAAGACUGAAGCACAGCUUCUCUGUCUCCGGAGACUCUUCGCCUCGAAAAGCGGGUUCCAAGCUUUUACCGAAGUGAAUGGGUAAGAAAAGACCAUCCCAAAGGGUUGCCAACUCGGCGGUGGUUCAGAGUUCGCGAGAAACUGGGCACUUUGGUGGUGAGGGUCCUCUCCUGGAAGUGCGAGUCUUUGGACCACGCGACGGUCGAGGCUCUGACUGCCCUGAUGCAUCCCAUGCACAACGAGUACGAACUCCGCAUCGAACAACUCAACAAGCAAAGGUCCUACUCGCCUUCGAACUAUAGCUACUCAUUUUUUUAGCUUGAUGAGUAGCCCGAAGUUCGUUGAACAUCUCCUGGAUCUGGUCGUCAUUCAUGUGGUUGGUCUCAUCAGUAUUUCUUUUUUUUUUGUUGUUUUUAUUAAAAGUUGAUGAGAAAAUUCAUACGGACCUUUAUUAAUUAUAUUGCGUUUGGUUGAAUAUUUCCUUUUGUCGAAACACUUGGAAUCAUUUGAAACGCAAAUAAAAUUUUGGACUUUUUCGGCUUAAAAAAAAACAAAAAAAAAUUGCUCGGAAUCAUAAAAAUUAUCAUUUUGCGAAAUCUUUCUCUAAACUUCCGUGUUUUUAGAAAAAUAAGUUCACCUUGAUAAAGAAAACCAUUUUUUUAAAUUCACACAGAAAGCGUUUCUUUUUAUAUCGAAUUUUUUUGUCGUGAAUAUGGAUAAUUAACAAUAUUUUCGGGUUAGUUUAACUAUUUCAUUAAUAUUAGAAGAAAAAGAUCUUUUUCUUUGCUUUCAAAAUUUCCGAUAAUGCUUUUUUUCAAAAAAAUCCCCCGAGGCUUUUUUUCAAGAGGCUACAUAGGAAAAGUUGGAAAAAAACGGAAAAGGCUUUAUAUAAAUGUUCUUUUAAGGUUGAGAAAGGUUUAUUUUUUGCGCUAUUUAAUGGGCUCUUUUGCAUCCUUUUUGCUCCCUCUUCUUUUUUUCCACCAUUUCUUGAGCCUUUAAAGUCCUGUAAAAACGGGAGGCUUGAAUGGAGUCUUUUUGCAGCCUUUCUGCAACCUUUUAGCGGCCAUUAUCUACCAUUCCGACUUUGCCCGAGUAUAAACUUUCAAGAAAAGCUGACUUAGGAGCGUGCAACGGGCUGGCUCGUCAUAGCUUCGAUGCUCAACUUCCUGACUUUUGCCGUGUGUGCGCCCUACAGCGAAACCACGUCAGGUAACUCGAAAAGUUCAAUACCUCUCAGAACUCCAUCUCAGGCGAUACCUUUGACCACAUUUUGAAAAUGGUCGCCACUAGAGGAAGAAGUUUUUUUCGUCUGUUCCAGUGUCCCAGCAUGACCAUUGUGAAAGGUGAACUUUCCGACGAUAAAUCGUAUUUCCAAUGAGAUUUUAGGAGCCGGAAUGGUGAUGCGAGCGAUAAUCGAAGAAGCCGACGUCGAAACUUCCAAAUCGAUGCAGGUUCACCUUUUCGUUCCAUUUUCCCUCCAAACUUGGAAUUUAGACUCUCGCCCUAUCGGAAGGAGCCUUUCUGACUCAUUUGUACAUGGCCUUGCUGUCGGCGGGAAAAGAUCUCAGGGUUUUUUCAUAUCUAUGCAAAAUCUGAUAUUUUUGUUGUUUUUCAGGUGCUCACGAACAAGCAACUGAGUGGCCAUUUGAUCAGUCUUUGGGUUGCUGAUAAUCAACCGGCCAAUGACCUUCUCUCACGUUGUUUGGUUGGUUCAAUCGCUCUUCAUACGUUUUUUACCAGUAUCCUGAAAAGAACCUCAACGAGUUCACUUCGAUUUAGAAUUCAACAAAAAAAAAAGGAAAGAAAGAAGUAUACUCGGAGUACAAAUAAAAAUGGUUUAAGACUUGGAUGAACACUUGGAAUUCCAGAGUGGUCCCUAUAGGGGCUAAUAUCAAGGUGGUCCCUAUAGGGGUUGAGGAUCAGAUCCCUUAGACCCUAAAGCUUAAGUGGUCUCUAUGGGGGUCUUUCAACUUCACAAAAAACGUUUAUUUAUUUAGUUUUUCGCAUGGAAAUGCUUCUUUGCAUAGAGUACAUACAAAUUGUCGACUAGCAUGUACCCUAUAGGGGCUACUAUUUAAAACCCCUUUAGAAAUCACUUUUGCGAGCUUUAGUGGCCACUAUAGGAGUUUGUAAAGUGGUCCUUAAGAUCCGCAACGUUGACCCUAUAGGGACCACUCACGUUUUUAAAUAGAGGUGAAAAAUUCAUUACGAGCUGAGUCGAUCAAUAAUUUUCUUAGAGACUUUGGAUGAUGUUUGAUUUUUCUUUGAACACUUUUUCAUCAUCAUUUUCCCAGUAUCCUUGUUUGAUAAGUCUGUUUUUGAAAAAUCUUCUCCAAAUUUUGACUUUUCCUCAAAGGAAGUAAAAAAAAAUAACAACGACGUUUUGAAUUCACGUCUUUUGAUUCCAGCCACGAGGUUUGCUUCAUGCUCUGGAGUCGGACGCAAAAGUACCAGUGCAAGAAAAAGAUUUGCUCAUCCCGCGGAACAAUCUCGAAGCCGCCACCAACGAGUCAAGACAAAGUGCCGUACGAGAGAAAAUCGAGCAAUUCAGGUCGGAAAUUCUCUCGUUUAUUUGUCAUUUUUCGCGAAAUUUUCCAGGGUAACUGCGGAGGCUGGCUUGGACCGUUUCAUUCAGCAUUGGGACCUCGAGCAGAAACUCAACUUUUUGCCGAAGAUGCAUGACGUUUGUCGGCUCCUUUAGUUUUCCACAAUCUCCGAAUUUUGAGGAGAAAAAGGAACAACGACAGCAGCCGGUCGUCCUCCGCAAACGAAGAAACCGAGUCCAAAGCAAACUCAAUUGGAAGCUUUUUGCCUACGAGUUCCAGAGAGAUCAUGCACAGGCGGAUUUCAUCUGGAACGAGAAAACCCGCGAGGAGUUUAGGUUCCUAUCGAUUUUUACUCCUCAUAUCUUCUGGAUUUAAUUUGAAGACAUGCUAUGGACAACGAAAUCCGCGCGUUGAACAGUGAGAAGGAACAGGCCCCGACGGGACUUCCCAUCUCUUGGAAUCAUGCCGAGUUUCAGGUCUUUUUUCAGAAAUUUUUUGAUCGUUUUGAAGUUUCUCUGUGAAAAAAAUUUUUUUUAUUGAUGUAUAGUAAAACAUGCGCUAAAUAGUGAAGCAUAAAACAGGCUGUCUUGGAAAUUUUUAAAAGUUUCCAAAAAUAACAAGUUACAGAAAAAGCCAGCUACGGACGCAAUUUUCUGAGUCAUUUAUUCUUACUGUAGCCGAUGGUUUAUUAAUAAAAAUGUUUUUUUGAAGUUGUUUAGUAGGAAUUCUAUAGUUCUAUAGUCCGUUUUUCGUGACGAAACUACUGUUUUUCUCUGCACCCUCCUUAUCUCUCGACGACCCUCUCACGUUGGCGCGCUAUUUUCGCGCUUCUGUGACCUCGCCGGUGAGAGAACAGAGAGGCUCAGACAGUCGAAUUUUUCAAGUCGCGGCAAACGGACUAUAUAGAGAAAAAAUUUACAACUGUUUUCAAAUUUUUUUUAGAACUAGUUUGCUAUAAAAAAUCUUAUAAUUUUUUUGAUUUUUUUCUCUGGUUUGACUUGUUAAAGAGAGAUGUUUUCUCUCAAAAAAUCUCAAUUAUCCUGUUUAUAUAACCUUUUUUCACGUGAAAAGCUUUGAUUUCCAUUCCCCGUUUCAAGAUCCGCUACUCCUCUCUCCAAGACGAAAUCAAGAUUGGCGAUUAUUACCUCCGGUUGCUCUUAACAGAAGAAGAUGAAUCGGCCACUCCCAUCCACAAUCCGUAAUUUCGGACCUCCUGCUCCUGGAAAAUUUUCAUUUCCAGAACGGAGUUCUUCAACAACGUCUAUCACCGCUUCUUGCUCUCUUCCAAGGCCGAUAUGCGGUGUCUGUGUCUCCGGGCGAUGGCCAUAACUUAUUCUCGACACCACAUGACCAUCGGAACCUUCGCCGACGCCAAAUACUUCGUCACGAUGCUCUCGAAGUGUACCAAUCCCUUCGAAAGAGAUCAUUCUGUAAAAUUUUUUGAGUCCAGAUCCAUUCUUUCCUCCUUUUCUUCAGAUCUUACUGCUCAGUAAACUGGCGCUGAACAAAGAAAACGUGCGUGAACUGAUCGUCGCCAAUAUUUUGCCUAUUCUCGUCGAUCUGUCUGUCCUAGCCCAUCUUCAUGUUCAAAGGGCAAAAGUUCAAAACCAGGUAAAUGAUUUUUUGAAAAAUGAACAUAUUGGGAAAAAAAUAGAGCAAUGUGAUCGAAGCGAGCAAGGAACAAAUGUCAGAAGGAGGAGCCGAGGAGUGGUACUACAACGAUAAGCAAUCUCAGAGAGUUGGGCCACUAAGUUUCGAGAAGGUCUUUCGAAGAAAAAAAAAAUGAGAAACUAAUAAUUUUUCCAGAUGAAAGAGUUGUACGAGGAAAAGACGAUUUUUGAAAAAACGCCUGUUUGGGCGGCCGGUAUGGAUAAAUGGGCGAAUUUGAGCUCGGUUCCGCAGUUUCGGUGGACCGUUUGCACUUCAAAAACAGUGGUUUCAAGGAAAAAGCUCUUUUUUCAAGUAAGACUUGAAUUUGAAGGAAGAAGACCAGAAAGGAGGCUUCACGGCCACUUUGUUGAACUUUUCCCAAUUGUGCGUCUUGUGCUUGGAUACCAUGAUUCAAAUGUGCGAGUUCUUCCCUUCGAGGUCAGUUUCUGGCAUCGAAAGUCAUUUCUCUGAAGGAAACGCGGAGAUUUUAGAUGUUCUCAAUAAAAAUUGGGGAAAAAAAAAUUAUGAUCAAAGUAAAAAAGAUUUUUUCUAUUGUGUCGCAGUUGUUUUGAGUUUGUAGUCGCUAAUUGACAGUUUUUGCGUGUCUGCGUCUCUCUGUUCCCUCACCGGCUAGGUCAGAGAAACAUGGAUAUAGCACAUAAACAUGAGAGAGACAUCGAAAGAUAGGGAGGGCGCAGAAAAGUCCCGCCCUUUCAAGUCGCGAAAAAAGGACUAUACUUCGAAUCAUAUAUAGCUGAUUCACGGCUGGCUUGAUACAUCGAAAAAAGGGUCCUGACACGAUAAUGCACGAGAUAGCGUCUAGCUCGUGGAGAGCGCAGACAGGACACGCCCCCUUAGCGUCUUAAGUUAGCCGUGAAUCAGCCAUAUUUGAAGAAACGAUGAAUAACGAUGGGCAAAUAGGAUGUGAAGGAGACUUUGAUCUUUUGGCCAAAGGUAGGUUGAAAAUAGAGCUGUGAAGGCAGCGGAUUUUGUGCUAGAACCCGGAAACCGUGCUCUAGGAGGAAGCCUCGGAAUGAGAGCGACCACUUCGAAUGACUUUACACGGAAGAACUUGUAAUAAACGCUACAGAGACGCGCAGGACUGCGUCGUGAGGCCGAUGCCAGCGGCGAAGAAGAUUUUGACCGAACCCGUUCUGCUCUACCAGAUCGUCCAGCUCCUUCUGACUUACGACCCUCAGAUCGUACAGCGAGUCGCCACCCUGUUGCAUAUGGUCAUGCAGGUGCAACACUCUCACCAUUCGUCCCAUGAUUCCAUGAGUCUCAGGACAAUCCAUUCUUGCCUCGUCUCUAUCUCUCUGGCGUGUUCUUCUUCAUUUUGAUGUACAACGGUUCGAAUGUGCUGCCGAUCGCCAGAUUCUUACACUACACACACAAGAAACAGGCCUUCCGGUCCAGCUUGGUGAGCCUUGAUAUCCCUUUCUUCUCUCAAUUAGACGUCCAGCCAACUCUCGAAGGAGUACGACAGUCGGUACUGGCGCCCUUGUUACCUGAAGCGGCGACGUUUUACCUGGAAGAGUACGGCGCGGAGAAGUACGCCGAGGUUUUCUUGGGAGAGUUUGAUAACCCGGAGAUCAUUUGGAACACCAACAUGAGGUUGAAUGGCCUCUUGAAGCAAAUAAUCUGAAAAUUCUCAGACGACAUCUCAUCGAAAGGAUCGCGGUUCACGUCGCUGACUUUUCCCACAGACUCACUUCCAACGUCAAAGUAACUUUACCGGUUCUCUUCGUCAUUAUCACUGAUAUUGAGGCUCUUUAUCAAUUCUGUCCGAUUCCCCUCAUCGAUUAUCCGGAACUUAACAAAGAGCUCUUCUGCCACGUCUACUAUCUUCGACAUCUCUGCAACCGGGAAAGGUUCCCCGAUUGGCCGAUCAGAGAUCCGGUAAUUGGUUUUUCUUCACUCAUUCAUGGAAAACUCAAUUCCAGAUCCCGUUCUUACGAUCUUGCCUAGCUGCCUGGUAUGAUGAGCUGGAGAAAAAGCCUCCGGCGAUGUCGAUCGAACAAGCUCGAGAAGCGCUUCUGAUUGAUCCCAGUAUGGAAGGGUAUGUUUUUCUGUCUUGUACAUCAAAAAUCAAUCAAUCAUUUGUUUUGUGGUUUUUUCAUAUAUGUAAUCGACUAGGCGGUGAACAAGAACUUUUCCAGUUUUUUUUUAAAAUAAUUUUCAAAUAAUUCAGGGUUUCCUCACAGAAAAAGUCUGUUUCAAUUUCAUUGCGUGUCCUUGAAACAAGUAAGAAAAAUCUUUGAAAAAAAGAAAACUUAGAUUAAAUCUUCGAUUUUGGUUAGUGCUAUACUUUCAUUAUGGUAGAAAUUCUUUUGAGGCCUUAAAUUAUUCAAAUGUCCGAUAUUUAAAUGUGCGCAACUGAAUUUCUGAAGAGAAUCCGUAAAAAAGUUAUAAUCAGAAAAAGUGAUUGAACUUGGACAAAAUGAUAUGAUCGAAGUUGCCUACAGUGGUGUAUGUUUGGUUGUUUUUGAAGGUCAUUUUACUUUUUGGUUGGAAAUUCACUGAUAAUUGGCCAAGUUACUCCUCAGAGCACCAAAAAGGGAUUCUGAAACUCUCAACCUGCACAACUUCCUAAUUUUUGAGAAAGGUCGUCUCAAAGUCAAAGCAAAUUUUCAAAAUCCGUCAUAAAAUCCAUUUUCGGGGCUCUGAGCCCUUAUUUCUUCAAAACUAAGGGGUUUCCAGGUUGAGGCUUUCAGGACCUUAAGAUAAAUUUUUGAAAAGUUACCAACCGCAAAGUAAAAUGACCUUCCUUGUGAGAACUCUUUCACGGAAUCUAACUCAGAGCGAACACGGCGUCGGUGGUUCGUCGUCAGUACUACAAACUGGCGGCCAAGUACCACCCGGACAAAGAAUCCGGAAGGCCGCGAGAUGUUCGAGAAGAUCAACGCCGCCUACGAGCUUCUCAGCACCAACACCGAGCAGAACAACUUGCCGGACUCGCACCGGAUCGUCCUGUGCUUGCAGGCUCAGAGUAUCAUCUACAGUCGCUACAGCAAAGGUGCUCUGGAAGUUCCUCCGAAGGUUCUAUCAUGUGAACUUAAGAACUAUCCGAGUACAAGUACGCCGGCUAUUCCCAGCUGAUCAAGACGAUCGACUUGGAGGCACAAGAUUCGACUCUGUUCCAAGAAGUCCUUUUUCCAAAGUUUCUUUCAUUCUCCUUGGGUUUCAGGGAGGCGGAGCUCUUUUGUCGGCUGCCAUCGAACUCGCCAAUUACACCCUGAUCAGCAGUCCUUUGAAUGCCGAGCAACUCAGAAGGGAACGUGGCUUGGAGGUUUUUUGAACAUGAAAACAACGUAAAAUAUACGAAUUUUGAGGCCCUUGUCAUCGCUUUCGAUCGUUGUGUCCCUGUGGUGACCCUGAGCUCCGCUCCAGAUGAUAUGCCCGUUCAAGUGAUUUUUUUUUAUCUAUUUAAUGAUCAUUUCAGUCAUGAGAUUUUCAGAGAGUCACAGAAAAAAGGAAAGUCAAUAUUGGAUGCUCGAACUUAAUACUAAAAAAAUUUUCGUGUCAUCAAAUUUUUGUGAUCUCUUAAGUGAAGAUGUUCUCAUUAAGCAGCAAAAUAAGAUGAAAUGUGUUUAUUGGUAAGUUGAAUAUUCAUAAAAGAAAAAAAUCAACUCUCGUAACAAUAAACCACUAUAGCUGAAUCACGGCUGGCUUGAGCCAUCGAAAAAUGGGUCCUGACACGAUAGAAGAAGAGACAGUUCCUGGUUAAUUGAGAGCGCAGACAGGCCACGCCUCCUUAGCGUCCCAAGUUAGCCGUGAAUCUUAAUUUUUUUUCUGAGAAGAAGACCUGGUGUUUUUCACUUUAAUUCCUGAAGAAAUAUUCAAAAAAUCUUUAGCUUGCCCCUUUUUGCUCCUCUCUCGGAAUUGUGAUGAACCCUAAGCUGUUCUCAGGUGUGCAUCCACAUCUGCAACUGCCUGGCGACGUCGGCGACCUUCGAGGCGUGUCGCCAGCGAAUCGCCGAGAUGCCCACCGUCUUUCGGAAACCUCUGCCGUCUCCUCCAAUUUCCACGAACUUCCACGACUUUCCACGGCCGCUGCGCAGUGUGUCCGUGCCAUGGCUGUGGACACGCUUCUUCAGAUGCAACUUGUUCCAGGUAUUCAGGACUUCUUUUGAUGUUGUCAUUUCCCAUUUCAGGCUGGCGUUUUGUGGCAGCUGGUCCCUCAUCUCUUCCGAUACGACUACACGUUGGAUGAAGGAGGUUGGGAGCUUCAGUUUGAUGGAAAUACUUUGAUCUGUUCAUUUUAUUUGGAUUUUCUUACAGGCGUCUCGCACAGCGAGUCUUCCAACAAGCAGUCCUUGUCGAACUCGCUGGCCAGAAGCUCUUGCGAAGCUUUGGCUGCGUUGGCCGGCUUCCGGGAAGACGCUCCGGAGAACGACGGCGUCCAGAACAGCCUCAAGGCGCUUCUAACGCCCUACGUCUGCAGAUGCAUGCGGCUCGAGAGCAAUGACAUGGUUAGGGGGCAACAGUGUGCGGCAAUUGCUAGUUUUCCGAGAAGUAAUUCCUAUUAGUUUAAGUUUCAAAGGUUCGAAGAAAGGGAAACAAGAGAGGAAGUUCCAGAAUCGCCCCCCACCCGGUUACAGGGCGACGUAGUGAGAAAAAAACUUGACAGAUGAAAUUAAAAAGACCUUGUGUGGGGGGGGCGGCUUAUCUUAUUCUAGAAUUUCCUCACACAGUGCGGAAAUAGCGUGACGAUUCUAGAAUGCCUAGGCAAACCUUCAAAGAGCCCCUUGCAAAAUUUGGAAUAAUACAAGCCUUGUCCGGUUCAGCUCCCCACAUAUACAGAAUCGCACUUUUUACUAAACCACUAGAUAUCCUACACCAGUGGGCGCCAUUCUGGUAUAAUCCCCUCAUUUUCAUGUAGAAAUCCGAAACAAAAUUCAAAAUUCAAAAACGAAAAAAAAUAUGCGUGAUUUCUGACAGGCGAUUGCCGCACGACUGUCAUAGUUUUUUGAAAUUUAACUCGAAAUUCAAGGUCUUGAAAACUCUGAACAGCAACCUGGAGAAUCCCUACAUCAUCUGGGACAACGGGACUCGAGUGGAAGUUCUCGAGUUUGUUGAGCGGCAUAGAACUUCUAACGAACCGACGGUAGCUGUCUUCUGAAUACCCCGGUGUUAAAAAGUGUUUCUCAGAGUGAUCUUUUCGGCGCAGAGUUCCGUCUUUCCGUUCAUGCCGGCGAACUUAUCGUUGGAGACGUUUUCGUCAGGAUUUAUAACGAACAGCCGACUUUCCCCUUGCAUGUGCGUUUUGAACGUGAAUGGUUUAUGAAUCGAAGAUUUUUUAGGAGCCGAAGAAAGUGGCAGUUGACUUUGUCGACUUUAUCGAGAAGCAUGUUUCCGAAUUGACUGGGGUCAAAAAAAAGGUUAUAAUUAUUUUUUUCUUUUUUCAAAAAAGGAGGCCGGCGACCUGAAGGUCUUUUAUGAAUUUCCUAGGAUUUUAUUUCGGAGUACCACAUAAUUUUUUCAAAAAGUUUUUUUUAGAGCGAAGAUUUGAUCGAAAUCGAUUGGGGAAACGCCAACGGCAAUGCGUUGAGCAGCGAGAAAAAAAGUACAUAUGUGUCUGAUUGCCCUGGCGCAUUUGAUCUCCGCCUAUCCCGGUUUGUUUGGAGCCAUUUGAGAAUUCAUAAUAUUAUUAUGACAGCUGACGCUUUUCCUGAUCGUAAAGGUGGGUUUGAGUUGAAGUUGUGGGGCUUUUCCCAGCUUUCCUUGUAACUACACAGGCGAAUCGGGAGGGUACAUACAUCGGCUGGAUCCCACCCCAGCCUUUUACGUGCGGAAAAAAAAAUUUGAAAGUGUACUGAGUAAGGCCGCAAUUUUUGAGGGGUGUAGGCCGCACCUCGGGGUGGGAUCCAGCCGACGUAUGGGAGGGUACCAUAAUGUGUCCAAAAAUAUACCUCCAAAAAUGGAUCGUGAAGUCCGCAUAAUAUGUCUAUCGUGAGACCUUCAGCAUAUAGCUGAUUCACGGCUGGCUUGAGCCAUCGAGAAAAGGGUCCUGCCACGAAAAAAGACGAGACAGCUCCCUAGUUGGUGGAGAGGGCAGACAGGCCACCCCUAUUUGCGUCCCAAGCUAGCCGUGAAUCAUCUAUACCUUUUAGCUUUAUCUGAGUCAUCUCAAAAGUACUUGAGAGUCUCCUACAAGUCUAUCUCAUUUUGCUCGAGUUCCUCAGAAGUAUACUCGAGGUACCAUCGAUAGAUUGCAGACCCUGCGAAAUACCUCAGAGGGUAUCACGGUACUCUUUCUCGAUUCGCCUAUGUAAUAGUGGCUAGACUUUUUUCUGUUUGAGCAGUAGUAGAAUCCUUUUUCAACGUGGCGCUGUUAUUCCUCAUCUUCUCUAAAUCACACGAAAUUUUCUAUUUCAGGUGUUGAAAUGCUGCUCAUAGGACGGUUCCCAUUGCUCGUCGCGUAUCUCCGUUGCAGACUGCAUUCGGAUCUUCAAAUCGCUUCUCUCAAGGCUUUUCUCCCCUCUUUUCACACAAAGCUAACCCCAUUGCAGGUUCUCUCAAUGGCGGCGGCAAACAAGGAAUGUGUGAAUGAUUUGGCUUCGGUUCAAGUCUCGACAACACUUUUCACGAUGCUCCGGGACCGCAAGAAAAGUCCCGAGCUUCUUCGAAAUUGUAUAAUAUCCCGCAGUUUUAGCUGUUCCUCUUGUUAUGGACGUCUUGAUUGCCCUUUCGUCGAAUGGCUCGAUCGUAAAGGAAAUGUUGGAGCACGGUAGGAAUUGAGUGACUUCCAGCUCUCAAAGUGAUCUGAUAGGCGGCCUGAUUUACAUCCUCUCGAUUCUCGAUCAGACGAUGGGCGACCAGGCGGAACGACUCCAAGCCGCCGAACUCCUUGCCAAACUCCAGGCCGACAAGUUGACAGGACCGCGCUGGACGCGCUUCUUGAUCAAAUAUCUUCCCGAAAUCUUUGCCGACGCACUCAGGGACUCUCCUAACAUGGCGUAAUUCCUUCAAUCUGCGUAAUUUUUCAUAUCCGAGUCCUCAGAUUGACCAUGUUCGAUUCGACCAACGAGAAUCCGGAGCUCAUCUGGAACGACGCGACACGGAAGAAAGUCCGCGACGUGAUCGAAACAGAGGCCGCCAAACUUUACGAUGAGCACAUUAAGAAUCCUCUCGCGAAAUGGAAUACGGUAAGGGUUACGGUGGACUAUAAAAUAUUCAUUUUUUUAAUAUUUUCUUAUUUUGAAAACGACUUGAGAUAAUUAGUUAAUUGAAAAAAUUUUAAUUUCUUGAAAAUACUAUUUAUCAAUUUUCGAGGUUUCUAUUCUUUUUUCCACCUUUUUCUACAAAGAACCCCUUAAAAAAAAUCAUCGAACCAAGAAAUUUUUGUUCACCAAAGUUUUCCUUCUCAAUUUUUUCUUUCUCCGAUAAUUUUUCUGUUAUUAUGCCAAAAUCGGGUUCAACAAGGAUCUCAAAGUCAUCUUAAGACUUCUCUUGCGGACACCGCGUGCGCCUAUGGAGAUUCGGUGAGCGGGGAACUUGUGGUCGGCGGCGUUUUCGUGAGGCUUUUCGUGGAAAACCCCGCUUGGUCGGUCAGGCAUCCCAAGCAUUUCGCGACAGAACUCAUCGAAAAGUUGUCAUCUCAUCGUUUCUUCCCUUCAAAAUCUACUCAGAGUUCUGGAGCAAAUGGCCAAGCCAACGAAGGAUCUUCAGUUGAUCACAAGGGCUUUCGUAGAACUCGUCAGAAAUCAUCCCAACACUGCUGAUCAGGUUUGACUAUACCCUUUGAAGAGCUUCUGAAUAAAAGUUUUUUUCAAGCUUCCCGCACAAGGCUACUUGCCGCAGUUCUGCACGGCCAUGUGUCUUCAGAACUCAGAGGCCUCUCGAGCCGCCAUUUUGAUCCUGCAGGAACUCUCCGAAAACAAUGUUCUCAUUCUCUCAAUAACUGUUGAACGCCCUUUUUUUCAGUACUGCGCAGACGCUCUCUCACAGUUGAGUUGCAUCGACGGGAUCAUGAGGUCGAUGAAGAAUCAGCCUAGUGAGUUUCUCUAGGACAAAGGGCUCCAGUUCGACUGGAAGAAAAAUUUAAAAAAAGUUAUCAGCGGGUUAGGGAAAUUGAGUUUACAUGAGGCUAAAGUUAUCGGAAAACUUUGCAUAUUAAGUUCUUGAUCUCAUUUCUACCUCCCGAGUGGUCGGUUUUCAUUAUUGCCCUCGCCUGAGAUUCAAUCCGAAGCCCGCCAGCCCUGGACAACCUCGGUGUCGUACUGUUCGUACAUGGAGAAGCAGCUCAUCUUCGGAAUGCUCAAAAAUUAUCUACUACUAUCACAAGAAAAGGCGAGAUGCUCUACGCGCCGUCGAAGCUUGAUCAACGACAGCUACGCGAACCGACAAACAACCAUUCUAGUGAUACGUGAUCCAGCAGAUAAUCUUCUCUGAAGACUGAAAGAAUGCAUAUGUGUUCUGUACUUCUCUUUGAACUUCAUUAUCAGUUUACUACAAUUAGAACAGAUUACAAAGGGACAAUAUAAUUGACCGUGAGUUUAUACAUCUCAAGUUCAGUUCCCAUUGGUUUGAUGUCUUAAAACAAAAUCCUAAAAUAAAAAACUUGACGACGCAUUUUUUUUCGUACUAUUCAAAUAACUUUCAGCGUUGAUGCGUGAAUCGGCGCAUGCUCUGAAGUGUCUGAUGAAACGGAACACUGGAGAAUUGGCCUCGCAAAUGCUCACUUCUGGAAUGGUUCCGUACUUGCUCGACGUCCUCAAUCAGCCUAUGGAUGGUUGAGAUUUCCCUUUAGUAGAUCAUUUCCGUGUUUUAAAGGAGUCUCUAACUCCGCGGCGGCUCGCGCAGAAAUUGUCGAUGCCCUCAAAUCGACUUGUUUGGACCUGAAAGUCGGCGACAAGAUUUCUGCAAUCUUGGAGAAGUCACCGGUGUGGGCUCAGUACAAGGACCAGAGACACGACCUUUUCUUGCCCGCCGCGAGGACUCAAGCCAUCGCUGGUAUGUUUUUCGUUUUAUAAUUCAACAUUUCUUUGUUUUUUUGUUGGAGGUGACUGAACCGGUUAUAACCAAUCAAUUUUUUCUUAGCGAAAAUAGGAAAAGAAAAAGUAUAAAAAUGAAUAAACGAAUUGUGAAAUAUCAGUAUACGGUUUCUUUUUUCCAUUUUCGAAGACUCAUUUUCAAGCGUUUCAAAAUAGAUUUGAUAGUCUCAGUUUCCUUUUUCGGAUACGCGAAACUUCAAUUAUAGCAUUAUCUUUUUGAAAAAUUAUUAUUCUGAUUUUCAAAAGUGCAGAAGUCUCUCAUGACCAUGACGUUUCUUGCCACUGACAAAGGAUGUAAUUUCAUUUUACAAAUUGGAAAUUUUCGAGAAAUCACUAUCUCCCUUGAAGUACCAAAUUAAGGACUUGAAAGUCUUAAUCUGCAAAACUUCCUAUUUUUCAAGAAAUAAGCGCUCGGAGCCCCAAAAAUGGCCUUUUUUGACUGAUUUUGAAGCUUUCGUCAGCUUUGAACCCUCAUUUCUCAAAAACUAGGAAGUUGUGCAACUUGAGGCUUUCAGAAUCCUUUUUGGGUACUCUAAGGAGUGUUCUGAUAGAUUUUCGAGGAAUUCUAGACCGCAAACCUUGUAAGAAUUCCAUAGAAUUUUCCUCUUUACCAUGAAGCGCCGAACUCGGGGAAUAUUGAAAAGACUAUUGUGAGGAGUAAAACUAGAAUUGAUGAAAUUUUUUCGGAAACUUUUUCACAGUCGCAAAUCUGCGAAUAAUGAUCUGCAGUAAAAAAACGUUUUUUUUAUUUUUUUAUUAAAAAAAUUCCUUUCACAAAAUUGCCAUUCUCAGGACCUACUUCCGGAAUCGCCGGCUACUUGACCGAAGGAAUGUUCAAUCCACCGCCGCUGAACUCUCAGCCUCCUCCAUUAUAA